CCCUCCCACUCCCUUUUCCCUCCCUCUCCCCACCAAUUCCCGCUGGCCCCGCAGCGCUCCGGCCUCCCCGGGCCUCCCCCGGCCCGGCCCACUCGGCCUCGCUAGCCUGGCGCUGGGGGCGGGCACCAGCCCCCACCCCUCGGCGUCCCCUCCCCUUCACUUCCCCCUCCCCCUGUCCCCUCCCUUCCCUCCCUUCCCCCCCGUGGCGAGGCAGCAGCGGCGGCGGCGGCGGCAGCGGCGGUCGAGGCUGAGGCUGAGGAGGCGGCGGCGGCGGGCGGGGCUCGGCUCGGGCUCCGCGGGCGGGCGGGCGGACAUGGCGGCCAACAUGUACCGGGUCGGAGAUUAUGUCUACUUUGAGAAUUCCUCCAGCAACCCAUACCUAAUAAGAAGGAUAGAAGAACUCAACAAGACUGCAAGUGGCAACGUGGAAGCAAAAGUAGUAUGCUUUUAUAGACGACGUGAUAUUUCCAACACACUUAUAAUGCUCGCAGAUAAGCAUGCUAAAGAAAUUGAGGAAGAAUCUGAAACAACAGUUGAGGCUGACUUGACCGAUAAGCAGAAACAUCAGUUGAAACAUAGGGAACUCUUUUUGUCACGCCAGUAUGAAUCUCUACCCGCAACACACAUCAGGGGAAAGUGCAGUGUUGCCCUUCUGAAUGAGACAGAAUCAGUAUUGUCAUAUCUUGAUAAGGAGGAUACCUUCUUCUACUCAUUGGUCUAUGACCCCUCAUUGAAAACACUAUUAGCUGACAAAGGUGAAAUCAGAGUGGGACCUAGAUAUCAAGCAGACAUUCCAGAAAUGCUGUUAGAAGGAGAAUCAGAUGAGAGGGAACAGUCAAAAUUGGAAGUUAAAGUUUGGGAUCCAAAUAGCCCACUUACGGAUCGACAGAUUGACCAGUUUUUAGUUGUAGCACGUGCUGUUGGGACAUUUGCCAGAGCCCUGGAUUGCAGCAGUUCUGUGAGGCAGCCUAGUUUGCAUAUGAGUGCUGCUGCAGCUUCCCGAGACAUCACCUUGUUUCACGCUAUGGAUACAUUGUAUAGACACAGCUAUGAUUUGAGCAGUGCCAUUAGUGUGUUAGUACCACUCGGAGGACCUGUUUUAUGCAGAGAUGAAAUGGAGGAAUGGUCAGCCUCUGAAGCUAGCUUAUUUGAAGAGGCACUGGAAAAAUAUGGCAAAGACUUCAAUGACAUACGGCAAGAUUUUCUUCCUUGGAAAUCAUUGACUAGCAUCAUUGAAUAUUAUUACAUGUGGAAAACUACUGACAGAUAUGUGCAACAGAAACGUCUAAAAGCAGCAGAAGCAGAGAGUAAACUGAAACAAGUAUAUAUCCCAACUUACAGCAAACCAAAUCCCAACCAAAUAUCCACUAGUAACGGGAAGCCUGGUGCAGUGAAUGGAGCUGUGGGGACCACGUUCCAGCCUCAGAAUCCUCUUUUAGGGAGAGCCUGUGAGAGCUGCUAUGCUACACAGUCUCACCAGUGGUAUUCUUGGGGCCCACCUAAUAUGCAGUGUAGAUUAUGUGCAAUUUGUUGGCUUUAUUGGAAAAAAUAUGGAGGCUUGAAAAUGCCCACCCAGUCAGAAGAAGAGAAGUUAUCUCCUAGCCCAACUACAGAGGACCCUCGUGUUAGAAGUCACGUGUCCCGCCAGGCCAUGCAGGGAAUGCCAGUCCGAAACACUGGGAGUCCAAAGUCUGCCGUGAAGACCCGCCAAGCUUUCUUCCUUCAUACUACAUAUUUCACAAAAUUUGCUCGUCAGGUCUGCAAAAAUACCCUCCGGCUGCGGCAGGCAGCAAGACGGCCGUUUGUUGCUAUUAAUUAUGCUGCCAUUAGGGCAGAAUAUGCAGACAGACAUGCUGAACUAUCUGGAAGUCCACUGAAAAGCAAAAGCACUAGGAAGCCUUUGGCAUGUAUCAUUGGGUAUUUAGAGAUCCAUCCUGCAAAGAAACCUAAUGUAAUUCGAUCUACACCAAGCCUGCAAACCCCAACUACCAAGCGGAUGCUAACAACUCCAAAUCACACAUCUUUGAGCAUUCUGGGGAAAAGAAACUACAGUCAUCACAAUGGUCUGGAUGUGACAGCUACUUGAGCUUUGUUCAGUCUGCAGAUCUUCCAUUCCAAUGAGCAGGGACAAGGUGAUUGCCUGCUAUCUCAGUCUUUAUCAGAUGGGGACCUUGAGAAAGACUUCUUGUGAAGUGAUACAGACCAUCAGUUGGAGGUGCUCUUAACCUUUUUCCAAGAUGACAUGGCUUUUUGUCCCAGGGGUACUGAAGCAGGACUCAGCAUGUCAGCAACAGGCUCAGAAGAGAGAUGAGUUUUCAGUGGGACAGAGUCAGGGCAUCUGAGCCAGGGAAAGUGAUGAAUUGUACAAUAAAGCCCUUUUGAAUCUGCUCUCUUCUGGCUUAUUUCCCCUAGGGCAUGUGAGUACGCUGUAGAUCUGUUUAUUUUUCUUACUUAUUUUCUGCAUUGAGUAAUACCAUUUUUGAGACUCCUAUGAAGGGGGUAUCUAAUGUAGAUGGCUCUGUAAGUACAAUAUUAUGAUCUGGAGUGUGAAGAUUGUCCUUCUGACUACUUGAGUCUGAAAUCAGUGAUUCAACUCUUCUAACUGUUGGCAUCCCAGUCCUGGGAAAUGGGUGGUGGUGAGAGCCAUUGUACCAGUGAGUGAGCUCUGGGAAUGCAUCUGCUCUCUUCACAAAUUCCAAUAAAAAUAGACUGCCAGGGACAGCUGAUGGCACUCCUAGGCAUGCUUAGGCCCAGGCUGCCUUCUAUCAAAAACUCAUGCCAUUUCAAAAGACUGCAGUUUUUAAAAAAUCUUUUAAAACAUUGUCUCUGGAAGAACUCGAGUGUCCCCAAACUCACCUCUGCUCUCCUUGUCUCAAAGGGUAGUGUCAUAACCUGGUUAAAUAUAUUUUUAAAACCUUUGAGAUUCAAAAAAAAUUUGAUAAAGGACUAUUAUGCCCCCAGGGUUACUGAAUGGGAAGCAAUAUAGCAGAGUACCUUAUGUAUUGAGAGGGUUUCGGGACUAUUGAAGCAUUGUCUGAGGGCAGCAGAUGGUCUCUCCACCUCUGAAGCCAUGAGGAAGACAGAUCCAAUUGCAUUAGGCAUAAGUAGUCAACAACUUAGUGUUUUAGAAUAUUCUAGAAGGAUGCCAAAUUAGCCACCCCUGGGACCAUUCCUGGGUUUACUAAUAUCACAGCUUCUCCCAGAGAGUAUUUCUAUCAUGUCUCUGAGGGAAGCACUAGUGUGUGAGCCCCUAAGAGGCCUAGACUUGAGACCCUCUCAGCAGUAUGGAGGUCCUACAAGAGUGACAGCAGUCCAUGGUUCACUGCCUCCUCAAUAAGUGUCUCUGUUUACCUGCAGGUAAACAAUCUUUUUAAACUAACCUGACCCUCUGUUCCCCCUCCCCCCAUUCUCAGUGACCCAUAGAAGGUGACUUCUGAGAAGGAAAGUGUAGCUCUGACUUGAGAGCUAGGUCUGAGAGCUAGGUCUCACAUGUUUUGGGAGGAGGAGUAGAGGUUUGCGAAAGGAAAGGGAAGGAGACAGCAGAGGGAGGGGAUUAGGUAUCUGAGAAGAGGAUUUGACUUUAGAAGAGGUUUGACUCAUCCAUCAAAAGAGCAGUCAUAACUGUCUGAGAAAACCAUUGGGAUAUCAGUAUGGUAAUGUAUCUUGACACCCCAGGGAAGUAAAGAACAACCCCAGAAACCAAUUGAUUUAGGCAUCCCCCUGAGCAAUCUGUUCAGGUCCUCGUGAAGAAGUGAGGAGAAGCCUUCUGAAUCUGUAGAGCCCCCAGGGCAAUGGAAAUGGAAGAAUUUGUCACAGUCUAGUUGAUUUGGAAACCUCCACUGGGUUCAUUUGAAGCUUCUCAGCCCUGCUCACUGUUUAUUUCACUGUUUUCCCUUCCAAAUGACUGAGCACUCUUUAAGCUCAGAAAACAUCUGAGUUAGAAUCUAUGCAUUUUCCUCUAUCAGCCAGAUAUUUAUUUUUGUCAGCAACUAUUUACAUAUAAAUGAAUAUGAAAAGUGAUGACAUAUAAAUGAAUAUGAAAAGUGAUUAAUGUGAAACCAAGGUGCAGACUUGAAGUUAACUUUGUUAGAUGGAGAUUCCCAAAGAAGAGACCUAAGAAGACACUUUCCGUAAUGUUCUGAUUCCAGCUUCACUGAGUGAGCCCCUCUAGGACAGCCAGUGAGCAAGACCAAGAGUAAGUGUUUGGGAAAAUAGGGCUGACCACAUUUAAGUCAUCUGGGACUGAACAUUCAGCAGGAAAAAAUGAGUAGGAUAUUGUUUGGACCUCCUGGACUGGCCCUCUGAUUUUCUUAUUGUUUCUCUCUAGCUUAUCAUCUCUGUCUUUUUAUUCUGCUUUCUGGGAGACUUUCUCAACCUUUUAUAAAAAUAGUUUUUAAAAUUUAUUUUUACAGACAUGGGGGCAGGGGGUCUCGCUGUGUUGCUCAAGCUGGUCUCGAUUUCCCAGCCUUAAGCCAUUCUCCUGCCUUGGCCUCCCAAAGUACUGGGAUUACACAUAUGAGCCACUGCACCCAGCUGAGACUUUCUCAACUUUAUGUGCCAACCAGAUGUAUCUGUUUCUCCCUUUAAUUUGUCAACUUUUGCUUCAUGUAUUAAAAAAUUCUGUUAUUGGGUAUAAUUGUAUUUAGGAUUUUUAUGUCCUUUUGAAAUGGUCCUCUUUUUUUUUUUUUUUUUUUCUUGAGACAGAGUCUCGCUCUGUCACCAGACUGGAAUGCAGUGGCUCAAUCUCAGCUCACUGCAACCUCCAACUCCCUGGUUCAAGCGAUUCUCCUGCCUUAGCUUCCUGAGUAGCUGGGAUUACAGCCACGUGCCACCAUGGCCAGCUAAAUUUUGUAUUUUUGGUGGAGAUGGGGUUUCACCAUGUUAGCCAGGAUGGUCUCGAUCUCCUGACCUCGUGAUCCACCUGCCUCGGCUUCCUAAAGUGCUGGGAUUACAGGCGUGAGCCACUGCACCCGGCCAAAAUGGUCCUCUUUAUCUCUGUUAAUACUCCUUGUCUUGAAAUCUUUGUCUGAUUUUAAUACAGUGACACCAGUUUUCUUUAUUUUUCCCUGGUUUUUAGUAUUUUUAACAAACUUUUUUUUCUGGUUUUAUUAAACUUGAAAUAGAAUGAUUCUUACAGCCUCUCUAAAGCCAGCAGAUGUUGUUUGAGCACAGAUUUUAAAAGCCCUAUAAAGGGGAAAAAACACACUCAGAGCAGUUGCUUAUUUUUCUAUUCUUUCACUGAACAGCAAUCAACACAGAAGACUUCUGUGACCAAAUGUGUGGGGACUUUUCCCCACACACCAAGCAAGCAAUCAGUUUUGCAGCAGACAUAAGCUGAGUAUCCUCCAAUUCAAUUCUGACACUGUCUACCUGGAGAGUGUCAGAACCUAUAGAUUGAGGGCUCACCCAGUCCCACAAGACUGCCACCCGACUUCCAGUGCCAGUCAAAAGCCCCAGGCUGCUUUUCCUGUGAUUCUGACCGACUGGCUAUAAAUCAGGAAUUCCACAACCCCCUCCUUGGGUUCAAUUAAUAUGCUAUAGUAGAUCCUAGAACAGGAGAAACAUGUUUACCUGUCUGUUACGAAGGAUAUUACGCCAAAUACAGAUGCAGAGUUGCAUAGGGCAAGGCAUGUGAGAAGGGGUAUGCACCUUCCAUGCCCUUCCUUGGCAGACCACCCUCCAGGAACCUCACACGUUCAGCUCUCCAGAAGCUCUCCAAACUCUGCCUGCUGGGGCCUUUUAUGGAGACUUCAUUGGGUAGGCAUGAUUAACAACCAUGUAGAAAUGUGAUUGGACAAAAAGGGUAUGAUCUAAUACGAAUAAACUGAGGGGGAAACCCAGCAAGUCUUGUCUGUUCAGGUUCUAGUUUUUUUUUUUUUGAAAUGGAGUCUCACUCUGUCACCCAGGCUGGAGUGCGGUGGUGUGAUCUCAGCUGACUGCAACCUCUGUCUCCCGGGUUCAAGCGAUUCUCCUGUCAGCCUCCCAAGUAGCUGGGAUCACAGGCGCAUGCCACCAUGCCCAGCUAAUUUUUGCAUUUUUAGUAGAGACGGGGUCUCACCAUGUUGGCCAGGCUGGUCUCGAACUCCUGACCUCAGGUGAUCUGCCCGCCUCAGCCUCUGAAAGUGCUGGGAUUACAGGCGUGAGCCACGGUGCCUGGCCCCCUGUUCAGAUUCUUCUUGACCUCUCUGUGCAGCAUUCCUUCCUCCUGGGGAGCAGGAUCCCUUGUAAAAUGAGGGUCUUUUGGCCAACAUAAGACAAGGUAGGUCAGAGCUCCAAGACAGAAAGGCACAGGGGUGGGGGUGCGGAAGACUAGCAUAUGUUUUUGGUUUCUAAGGUCUGCCUUGGGGAGAAAGAGGAGCAGGUGAAAGGGGGGCAGGAGAAGGUCAAGGAGAGAGACUAUGUUUUCUGAGGCCUGCUCUUGAACCUUUAAGGUGCCCCAACAGUAUAACAAGUGCAAUGGAAGUUCCUGGCUGAUAAUGCCCAUAGUGUUUGUUACACUGUUGGGGCACUUAAAGCCUCAAGAGCAGGCCUCAGAAAACAGAAUCUCUCUCUUUGACCAAUAUAUAACCAGUUAUUAUGUAACUCCCACAGAGCUUGUUUAUAUCACACCUAUAAAGCCAUUUUUCAUUACCAUUUUUAAUAGCUUUAUUAAGAUAUCAUUGUCAUUUGGUAAACUAUAUAUUAUUAAAAUAUACAAUUUAAUAAGUUUUGAAAUAUAUACACCAGGAAACCAUCACCACAAUCAAAAUAAUAAACUUAAUCAUCACCCCCAACAGUUUUCUUGCACCCCAUUAUAAUCCUCCCACCUGCCCUCCCCAUCUCCCCCACCUCACCCCCAGGUGACCACUGAUGUGUUUUUUGCCACUAUAGAUUCAUUUAUAUUUUCUAGAAUUAGUUUUUUGGCUUUUUUUGAGAUGGAAUCUCCCUCUGCCACUAGGCUGGAGUGCAGUGGCGUGAUCUCGGCUCGCUGCAACCUCUGCCUCCCGGGUUCAAGCGAUGCCCCUGCCUCAGCCUCUUGAGUAGCUGGGACUACAGGCAUGUGCCAUCACACCCAGCUAGUGUGUGUGUGUGUGUGUGUGUGUGUGUUUUAGUAGAGACAGGGUUUCACCAUGUUGGCCAGGAUGGUCUCCAUCUCCUGACCUCAUGAUCCGCCUGCCUCAGCCUCCCAAAGUGUUGGGAUUACAGGCGUGAGCCACCGUGCCCAGCCUAUUUUCUAGAAUUAUAUAUAAAUGGAGUUAUACAGUGUGUACUGUAUUUGUCAUUUUGGAUGAUUUUUAGAGUUCUAUCAUCAAGUUCACUGAUUAUUUCUUCUAUAGUAUCAAAUCUGCUAUUAGUCCCAUCCAACACAUUUUUCAUUUUAGAUUUUGUAUUUUUCAGUUUUCAGAUUUCCAAUUAGUUAUACUUCUAAAAUUCCCCACCUUGUCACCCAUUAUAUUCAUCUUUUUCUAUAGAUUCUUUAGCAUAUUUAUAGUAAAUAUUUUAAGUCUGUAUCUGCUAAUUCUAACAUCUGAAUUAUCCAUUAAUCUAGGGACUGUUUUUUCUUUUGAUUAUGGGUUGCAUUUUCUUGUUCCUCACUGCGCCCAGCCAGUCCAAUUAUUUUUAAAUGCAUACUGGGUCAGUGUGAAUGAUGAGUUAUAAAGACUCAGGAUUCUGUUAUUUUCCUUUGCAGAGUGGUAAGUUUUGUUUUAGCAAGGAGUUACAUUGGUGAAUCACUUCGAUUCUGUGGAGGCUUGGUUUAAAGCUUUAUUAAACCUCACCUAUUUCAAUUUUGCUCUUAGUCCCAUGGGAUUUCAAUGGAAAGACCAAGUUGUUUACCAGGCCCCUUUAACUUCACAGAAGUUGAACUCCAAAUUCUGUCUUCUCAGCACUGGACAGCUCCUGAAGUCACUGCUUGGCUCCUUGAGCCUUCUAGCUGAUGUUUUCCAUCGGGCUCCUGGCAAUCUCACCCUGUACUUGCAUAGUUCAGAAAUAAGCAAGUAAUGUGAGGGGAGUUUGUAUGUAGAUUUGAGGGCUCCCCCUUCUGUGUCUCCUUCCUCUGCAGGAUCUCCUCCCUCAGUUUCCAGCUGCAUUGGCUGCCUCAAGCUCUGACCUCUGGUUCCUCAGCCUAGUAGACUGUAGCUUUUUGCCUGAGCUAUAUUCAUCUCAUACUGCAUGAAC